AUGUUCCAAGAAGAUCCUAACUUAGCCAUUAGGCCUGAUUACACCUUAGAAGAGCACCAGGCUGCAUGUCAACAUCUAGUUGAUGAAGGACUCACAGAUGACCAAGCAGCUUGGUCAUUAGCAGCAUUGUGGACUUUAACCAACAACGGGGACAAGGAACGUUGGAACCUCAGACAAGAACAUAUACAACAAAUGAAAGCCAGGGAAGCCAAAGAGGCUGAAGAACUUCAGCAGGCAGUGCGCCGAGACGACAGAAAGAAGAACAAGACAAAGUACGCCCCAUUAGUGCACAGAAAAGUACCAUCAGACCCCACCAUUUUACCGGCCCAAUACACUACAAGAAAGCUCAAAGCUGGUGACUACUGUGAACCACACUAUUUCACUAACAGAGGUCUUGAGGAUGUGAAAUCAGCAAGCUUGAUAGCGGAACCAGACGCUAUGGUCAUGUUACCCUCUGCAGACAGUUUGCAUUCAUGGAUCCCAGCAGUAGCAGUGAAAGACCCGAAGGCCGUGCUGGUCAUCAAGGAUGAGUGCCUCUCUUGGGAAGAGUUUAACAAUGCCGCACCACACAUGUUAGCAUCAAUGAGACUGCAUGACUGGCUCAAAGAAUGA